AUGGGAAGGUCUCCUUGUUGUGAUGAAAGUGGGCUAAAGAAAGGUCCUUGGACUCCUGAAGAAGAUCAAAAACUGGUCAAUUAUAUUAAAGAAAAUGGCCAUGGAAGCUGGAGAGCCCUCCCUAAACUUGCUGGUCUCAAUAGAUGUGGAAAGAGUUGCAGAUUGAGAUGGACAAAUUAUUUGAAACCAGACAUUAAGAGAGGAAAGUUUUCUCAAGAUGAAGAGGAAAUGAUUCUCCACCUCCAUUCUUUUCUCGGGAACAAAUGGUCUGCAAUUGCAACACAUCUACCCGGACGAACCGAUAAUGAGAUCAAGAAUUUCUGGAAUACCCAUCUAAAAAAGAAGUUAAUCCAAAUGGGUUUUGACCCAAUGACCCAUAGGCCUCGAACUGACAUCUUCACUAGUUUGUCCAAUCUUAUAACCCUAGCCAACCUUCGAGGACUAAUAGAAGGACAUCAAUUAACAUGGGAAGAACAACAAGCCAGUCAAACGGCUAAACUCCAGUAUCUCCACCAUCUUCUUCAACCACCUCAACUCAACACGGAUAAUAUUGAAGCUUAUAAUCUCGCGAACUCACUUUCUUCAAUGUCCUCUCUAUUACUCCCAUCUACAAACAUCCCUUCAAUUCAUGAAUCAAUCCCUUUUUCCCAUAUGCCCGAGCUGAAGAUUGCCGAUAUAGGCGUUAACAUGACAGCUCUAGCCAAAGACAAGAUGGUUCAAGCUUCUCCCGAACUUAGUGUUCUAAGCCAAAUCGAUAAUUCUCCCAACUCUCCAUGGCUACCCUCGACUUCAUCUCCAUGUCAACCUCUGACAACUUUUCAGACUUCUAUGCCAUCUAUGGAAGACAUGUCGAGUGCAUGCUACCAAGGACAAGGAGCCAUUACUUCAUCAUCGUAUUGGCCGGAUGAUCUUCUCGAGGAUCCAUUAAUGUUCCAUGACAUUGAUGGUUAG